AUGUUUAAUAACAGUAAUGGUAAUAAUCGUUCUACCACUGGUGGUAGUUAUGAUUUUAGUGUUAACGAUGUUUGUGAUCGAUUAGAAAAAGAAUUUACUCAUAUGCAAGGUGAACGUGCACAAUUACGUAUUGAAUGUGAAAAAUUAAAUGCAGAAAAAAAUGAAGUACAAAGACAAUAUUGCCUUUAUUAUGAAAUGGCAUAUCGUUUAUCAUAUGAAAUGCAUAAACAAACUGAAAUAACAAAACGUUUAAUUGCAUUACUUCAUCAAAUCAUUCCUUAUUUAACACCUGAACAACAAUCACAUGCAUUACCUGCACUCGAACGUGCUAAACAAGUUACAAUGAAUGAUCUUAAUAGUGUCAUUCAACAACAAUUUCAUGCCCAAGCAACAGCUCUUGCACUUGCUACUGCUUCAAAUCCAUCAGGACCUGGUGGUGGAAUGCAACAAUUAUCUGGUGGUGUUCCUGGUCUUGGUUCAGCACCUCAUCUUCAAUUACCCGGUCCACCUGGACUUUCAGGUGCUGGUUCUGGUCUACCACCAGGAAUGUUAAAUUAUACAUCGGUAUUAAGUAGUUUAGCUUCUCAAUAUGCACCAGGACUUAAAGAAGAAAGUGGUUCAUCAAUGUCAAAAGAAAAUGCAUCAUCACCACGAGCAAAUAAUAUUGAUUUAUUAGCUACAAAAAAUAGUAGUAGUAGUCGUUCAUCAACAAAUGGUAAAUCAUCUAAACAUCGACCAUCAAGUACAAGUAGUAAUAUAUCAAAACCAAUAAAACAAUCAACAGCUGAAAGUGAUGGUGAACGUAGUGAAUCUGAUUUAGUUAUUGAUACAAGUGUUGGUGGAAAUCAAAAACAUAUUAAUGGUAGUAGUCAUAUGGGUAGUGGUCUUCUUUUACCAAAUGGUAUUAAAUCAGAAAUAAAUGAUAAUACAACUGGUUCAGGAAGUGUACCUGGUAAUGAAUCAAUGUCUGCAACACCACCAGUAUCAGCACCAAAUGGUGGUGGAAGUUCAUCAAGAAGUCGACGUGAUCGAAGUCCAAUGUCGGAUAAAGAUAGUUCACAACGUGGUAGUUCAUCAUCUGCAAUAAAAAAAGAACGAAAUACUCCACAACCAAAUAAAGCAAUGACACCAAUAACAGGAGGCCCAUCAAAUGUUGUUUCAUCUCAAAUGCAACCAGGUGGACCAUUAGGUGUACCACCAGGAUUUGGCGGCGGACGUUUACCACCAAGUGCUGCAUUUGGUUUUAACCCAGGUCCGUUUUCAUCACCUGAAGCAUUAGCAGCUGCAGCUGCUUUUGGUGCCCUUGGUCCACAUCAUGCAAAUGCAUUAAAUCCAUUUGGUCCAUUUGGUCAUCCAUUUGCAUCACCUGAAGUUGCUCAAGCAAUGGCUAUGGCAGCACAACAUCAACAUGUUCAACAAAUGGCUCAAGCACAAGCUGCUGCUGCUGCAGCAGCUCAAGCAACAGCGGUGGCUGCAGCACAACGACAACAACAGCAGCAGCAGCAGCAGCAACAACAACAACAUGGACCAAAUAAUCAUCAUAAUCAAUUUUUGAAUCAAGCAUAUUCAUAUUUUACAACGUCUGAUGCACAAGGUAAUCCUGUGACAACACCUGUGAAUAUGACACCUGAAGCAUUAACUGGUUCUAAUAUACCAACAUCAGCUCGUGAACUUGCUACAUUAAUGCAUGGAGAAGUUGUUUGUGCAGUUACAAUAAGUGAACCAUCAAAACGUGUUUAUACUGGUGGUAAAGGUUGUGUUAAAGUUUGGGAUCUUAAACAAACUGGUACUAUUCGAACUCCAUUGUCCUAUUUUAAAUGUCUUAAUGAUGAUAGUUAUAUACGUUUUUGUAAAUUACUUUCUGAUGAUCGUACACUUAUUGUUGGUGGUGAAGCAAAUAUAAUAUCAAUUUGUGAUUUAUCAGCAGUUACUGGUGGUUCAGCAAGUAAUACACGUUCAUCAACACCAAAUUCUAAUGCAUCAUCACCACCAUCAUCAAAUCAUCCACCAUCAUCAACAUCACCAAGAAUUAAAGGUGAACUUAAAUUAAAUGCACCUGCUUGUUAUGCACUUGCUCUUGGUCCAUCAGAUUCAAAACUUUGUUAUUGCUGUUGUUCAGAUGGUUCAGUGGCUAUUUAUGAUAUUCAUAAUCAAUCAUUAGUUAAAACUUUUGUUGGACAUACUGAUGGUACAUCAUGUAUUGAUAUAGCACCAGAUGGUCGUACAAUGUGGACAGGUGGUUUAGAUAAUACAGUUCGUUGUUGGGAUCUUCGUAAUGAUUAUGCACCAUUACAAACAUAUGAAUUUGAUUCACAAAUUUUUACAUUGGGUUAUUGUCCAACAGGUGAAUGGCUUGCUGUUGGUAUGGAAUCAUCAACAGUUGAGUUAAUUAAUAUAUCAUCAGCUAUGAGUAAUGCAACAAGUCCAUCAAUGAAAAAAACUCAUGAUAAAUAUACACUUAGUUUACAUGAAAGUUGUGUUUUAGCACUUAAAUUUGCUCAUCAAGGUAAAUGGUUUAUAUCAGCUGGUAAAGAUAAUUAUAUACAUUGUUGUCGAACACCAACUGGUCUUCUUUUAUUUCAAUCAAAAGAAUCAUCAAGUGUACUUUGUUGUGACAUAUCAGCUGAUGAUCGAUAUAUUUUAACAGGUUCAGGAGACAAAAAAGCUACACUCUAUGAAAGUGCUGCGCAUUGUUCGCAACGCUCCAUUGACAAUUCUAAAAAAAAUGACUAA